AUGCUCAGUUCCCUAGUGAUGAGUAAAGACAUUUCUUUCCCUGGGGGUGUGGUUCAGUUUUUCCUUUUCUCCUUCUGUGCCAACAAUGAGCUUUGCCUCUUGUCUGUGACGGCCUUCGAUCACUUUGUGGCCGUCUGCACCCCAUUGCUUUAUUAUGUCAUCCUGUCCAAGAGAGUCUGCUUCCAGCUGGUGGCUGGCUCUUCCCUAAGCGCCUGUGUCAAUGCCACUGUGCAUACGUGUACUGAAUUCAGUCUGUCCUUCGGCCACUUCACUGUCCUCAAUCAUUUCUUCUGCGAUAUUCACCCACUCCAAGAAAUCUCCUGCUCUGACUUUCGUAUCAAUAAGCGAGUGCAUUUCAUCUUUUCAGCCAUAGAAACAAUAAGCACCAUUUUCACCAUCCUCAUCUCCUACACUUACAUCAUCUUUGCCAUCCUGAGGAUCCGCUCCACGGCAGGAAGGCACAAAGCCUUCUCCACCUGUGCCUCCCACCUGACUGUCGUUUCCAUCUUAUAUGGGACCCUGACCUUUACAUAUUUACGACCCUCCUCUGGCAGCUCAGUGGACUGGGAGAAAAUGGUGGCCGUGUCCGAUACCCUUGUGAUCCCCCUGCUGAACCCCUGA